AUGAGUUCCUCUGGAAUAGAGAAAGGUGUUGUCACUGCAGAAGCCGAGGCGCCGAGGGGGAAUAGAAGCCGGUUUGCUUUUGCAUGUGCAAUCUUAGCCUCCAUGACUUCAAUCAUCCUUGGUUACGACAUUGGAGUGAUGAGUGGAGCUGCAAUUUUUAUAAAAGAAGAUUUGAAACUGUCAGACGUACAGCUUGAGAUCCUCAUGGGAAUUUUAAACAUCUACUCCCUGGUAGGUUCAGGCGCCGCGGGGAGAACUUCUGAUUGGAUCGGGAGACGAUACACCAUAGUGUUGGCAGGAGCCUUCUUCUUUUGUGGUGCCCUUCUCAUGGGGUUUGCCACAAAUUAUCCUUUCAUUAUGGUUGGCCGAUUUGUAGCUGGUAUUGGCGUCGGUUAUGCUAUGAUGAUCGCACCGGUUUACACGGCUGACGUUGCUCCUGCUACUUCUCGUGGUUUUCUCAGCUCUUUCCCUGAGAUAUUUAUCAACAUUGGUAUACUUCUUGGGUACGUAUCGAACUACUUUUUCGCCAAGCUUCCCGUGCAUCUUGGGUGGAGAUUCAUGUUAGGUGUCGGAGCGAUUCCCUCAGUGUGCCUAGCCAUCGGAGUGUUGGCAAUGCCCGAGUCUCCGAGAUGGCUAGUCCUCCAGGGUCGCCUUGGGGAUGCUUUUAAAGUCCUCGACAAAACCUCAAACACCAAAGAAGAAGCCAUCUCUAGACUCAAUGACAUCAAACGGGCUGCCGGAAUCUCCGAGGACAUGACAGACGAUGUUAUAGUUGUUCCCAACAGGAAGAGUGCCGGAAAAGGCGUGUGGAAGGAUCUUCUUGUCCGGCCAACCCCUGCUGUCCGACAUAUCCUAAUAGCAUGUCUCGGUAUCCAUUUCGCUCAGCAAGCCUCCGGAAUUGAUGCGGUCGUCCUUUACUCUCCGACCAUCUUCCAAAAGGCUGGACUGAAAUCCAAGAAUGACCAGCUCUUGGCAACUGUCGCUGUUGGAGUUGUCAAAACACUCUUUAUCGUUGUAGGGACUUGCGUGGUCGACCGGUUUGGACGCCGUGCCUUGUUGCUCACGAGUAUGGGCGGAAUGUUUCUUUCAUUGACCGCGCUUGGGACUAGUCUUACAGUCAUCGACAGAAACCCAGGACACACGCUCAAGUGGGCUAUUGGGCUUAGCGUUACGACGGUAAUGACGUUUGUAGCAGCAUUCUCAAUAGGUGCAGGACCAGUGACGUGGGUCUACUGCUCAGAGAUAUUCCCUGUGAGGCUAAGAGCUCAAGGGGCAAGUUUGGGAGUGAUGUUGAAUAGAUUGAUGAGUGGUAUUAUCGGAAUGACAUUCCUAUCGCUUUCUAAAGGUCUAACCAUCGGUGGUGCAUUCCUUCUCUUUGCCGGAGUUGCUGCUGCUGCAUGGGUCUUCUUCUUUACUUUCCUUCCAGAGACACGAGGUAUACCUUUGGAAGAGAUGGAGAGUCUUUUCGGGAGCUACACUGCAAACAAGAAGAAGAAUGUUACAGAGGAAGGUCAAGAAGUGGUUGAGAAACACUGA